AAUCAAUCAUUAUGUGAGACUUCUCUUUUGUCAUUCUUUGAGAGACCAGAAAAGUAACUGGUUUUUCCGGGAAAAAGUAUAUUGACAUCUCCAAUAGUUGAAAUCAUUUCUUUUUCUUGUGUGCUUGCUUGCUUUGUAAUUGAGAGAGAUCAAAAGAGUUAUCAUACAUCAGUUGUUGUGCAAUAAUACCACAUUUUUCCAGGAUUUUAAUUAUGAGUUUUGAAUAAUAUUCUGAAUGAGAUUGUGCUCGUUUUGAAGCUCUAGUACAAAAACAAUUGAAAGAAAAAAAAUGAGCUGCUUCUCCUGUUGUAUGUCACAAGAGAAAGUCGAUAGAAAGUCUUUGAAGAAGAGCAUUAAGGAAUACCAAGACACGAAAACUUUGGCCUCAUUCGCUAACAUCUCCUUCAAAAGUGACAGCAGCAAACGUAGAUACAUAACUGAAGAGAUAAGCAAGAUGGGUAAAAAAAAUAUAACUGCACAGAUCUUUGCCUUCCGCGAGUUAUGUGUUGCAACUCAAAACUUCCACCCUGACAAUCUUCUCGGUGAAGGCGGCUUUGGAAGGGUCUAUAGAGGAAACAUUGAAAGCAAAAAUCAAGUAGUUGCUGUUAAGCAACUUGACAGGAAUGGAUUCCAAGGAAAUAGGGAAUUUCUAGUAGAGGUUCUGAUUUUAAGUCUUCUUCAUCAUCCUAACCUAGUAAGUUUGGUUGGCUAUUGUGCCGAUGGCGAUCAGAGAAUUUUGGUUUAUGAAUACAUGCCUAAUGGAUCGCUAGAAGAUCAUCUUCUUGAAUUAGCUCCAGAUAGCGCUGCUUUGGAUUGGAAUACCAGAAUGAAAAUUGCAGCAGGCGCAGCCAAAGGACUCGAAUACUUGCAUGAACAAGCCAAUCCCCCUGUGAUAUACCGCGAUUUCAAGGCAUCUAACAUACUAUUGGACCAGGAGUUUAAUCCAAAACUUUCUGAUUUUGGGCUAGCGAAGUUGGGUCCAACUGGAGAUAAAUCUUAUGUUUCCACAAGGGUCAUGGGUACCUACGGUUACUGCGCACCAGAAUAUGCUUUGACUGGCCAAUUGACAACAAAAUCUGAUGUUUACAGCUUUGGAGUGGUGUUCUUGGAGAUAAUCACAGGAAGGAGAGUGAUAGAUCAUACAAGACCAGCUGAUGAGCAGAAUCUAGUCAUUUGGGCACAACCACUAUUCAAAGACAGAAGGAAGUUUACAAUAAUGGCUGAUCCAUUGCUUAAAGGGAAUUACCCUGUCAAGGCUCUAUACCAAGCACUUGCUGUUGCAGCAAUGUGUCUGCAAGAGGAAGCGGCUACUCGGCCUCUCAUCAGCGACGUUGUGACAGCUCUUGAAUUUUUAGCAGCAAGCAAGAAUGAGGAAGAAGUCCUGGAAGAAGUUGUGGAAUCAACUUCUCCUUGUAAAGAUAAUGAUGGAGAGUCUGAUACAGAUACUGAUAGAUCAGACGGCAGCAUAAGGGAAAGAAAAAGUAUAUAAUGGAAGUGUUAUUGCAACUUAGGUGAGGUGCAGCCCAAUUACUGUUGAUUCAAUGAUAAACUUGUUAAAUAUGUGGUGAGAUGAGAAUCUUGGUGAUUGUGAUUGAUUGAUUGAUUGGUUGUCUUGGUUAUAUUUAAGAAAAAAGAAACGAAAAUGAGUGUGGUGAUAUUGAAAGAGUUUGUGAAAGGUUGAAUCAAGAUAAUUAGGACUAUGCCGUGUUAAAGUGUAAUUGCAAUUCCUAAUAAGAGAGUUCAUUGUAAGUUUGUAACGAGAGUGAGAGAGAGUAUCAGUAACUUGUUACAAUACCACCUUGAAAAUACUUACGUAAGAAAAAUAGACCUAUGAGAAAUUGGAGAUAAA